AUGUACUAUGUGGCAUACAUCCGCGAACGGAUCGCGGCGAUGCUGUCCGUUUGUUACGCCCUCCAAUCGCUACAUCUAGACUCGGUUGGUACUUUUGACUUCUGGCCGCACGCAAACUCGUCAGCUACACACGACCCUCUUUCUACACCGUCGCCGUUGCCCCCACAAGCCUGUCGUCACCUUCGCGGGGUCGCUCUCGUGUCGCUGGACGGCUAUCUCAUCGCAUACAUCCUUUCGCUGCUAACGGAGAAAACAAAACUCGAUGUGCAAAUUCACUCCGUCCUGAGGGACCUUCACUUUCCCUUACCCCGCCAUUUUCUUGGUGCCAUUUCGAAGGUCGGCAUCGCGAGGUACCCCCAACCUGUACCAUUUUACAAAUUUCCCCGUCCCCCCGACUCGCCCUUCAUGUGGGGAAUAACACUGUCCGGCUCGGAGCGCACUGUUCGUCGGGUUGGAGACGAGUUUGAAGCUCUUACCCGCAUGCUUUACGAAGAGGACGCGGCGCUCGCAGGCGUGCGUGAGCUGUGGCUUGCGGAUGUCUCGCCCGCCACCUGCGACGAGCCACAUAUGCUGCGCGCGGCCGAAGCUGACCAAGUCCGCGCCCUCAUCCAGGGCAUGCCAGUGCUGGAGACGGUCGUGCUCAUUAACCAGUUCCAGGCGCCAUGGACGGGCGCACCCCCGAGCCUGCGUCUCCUCCCCGACGCACGCGAUAGUGACAGGCAUAUCGGACCCCGCUCGAGCACCGUUCGCAUCGCCCAUGGGUACGGGAAGCAUGUCCUGCAACGGUGGCCCGAGCGACCCAACCCGAUACCUUCCGUGCCGCCGCUGAACCUCACAUGUAUCCUCGAGGAGCUCGCGUCGGGCGCGUACGACUACGUUCAGCACCUCGCAAUCGAGGUCCCUUACCACAUCGCUGUCGAUGCGGGCGACGUCGAGCGGCUCCGCGAGUAUUGCGACGCGGUGCAGGUGAAGGUGAUGGACGUCACUCCGACAAUUUCGCUUCCGGAGUACUGCUAUGAGCCGAAGACAUGGGCUGCGAGCGAUGACCCGUGGCCAUACAAACUCUGGUGA